AUGAACGAUGAGCCUGGCCCGUCCACGCACGACCGGCCACUGCAGCCCUCCGCCGCGGACCUGCAUCAUGAGAGCGGAGACGCACCACCAUCAGUCGACGCCCCCGAGCCCGAUGCCGCGACUGUCGCUGCUGAGCAGAGGAAGAAGGUCAAGGCCCGGAGGGUGGGCCGUCUGGAUGAUUUGCUGAGGAACCUCGAUAUUUUGAUCUAUGCCGAGCUGUCUGCGGUGUACUACCUGGACUGUUCAUUCCUACGUCUCGUGCUCCGCGCUUUUGUCCAGCUUAUCUGGCUCACGCCCAAGCCCGAGAUCCUGCCCGACUUUCCCAUGAACCGCCCUUUCAUCUACCCCAUCUGUGGCUCAAACUUGAUAUGCCUGUUCCUACAUCUCUGGUUUCCCCCGCCAACGGCCGGAGAGACCACCAAGGGCUACUUGCACGGCGGACUGCUCAUCGACUGGAUAGGCCAACAGGGCCCGACGUCCAAAUUCCAUUUGCUGCUUUUGGACCUGCUUAUCCUGGCUCUGCAACUGGUGAUGCUGUCGGCGUACUUGAAGUCUUAUAAACUGAAGAAGAACAAGGAACCGACGGAAACAAACACGGGAGCCCGGACGGCAGGAGCUGCGCGAGGCACGACGGCGGCCAGGCCACGACAGGACGUGGAUUCGGAAGAGAGAGGAAUCCUGCGGCGUUCUUCGAGUCUAUCGGACCUUCAAGAUCGGACACCUCCGAGCGAGAGGGACGAACUACUGAACGAUACAAGAAGCUUGGGCUCGAGUUCUUUGGCCGCGACGCUGGAUACGUUGGAAUCCGGCCAAGCUGUCGUGGCAGAUCUGUACGUGGCGGACACGGUCCGGGAGCAAGUAAAUAUGCUGUUUAAUGGGGAGUACAUGACGCGAGAUGCGACAACGACGAGCUCAGAACGCAGACGGGAGUUGUUAGCGCGCUUAGGCAGGCGACGUUUUGCAUUUACGGCGAGAUUAGGUGGAGGAUGA